AUGAGCGACAGUGAACAUCCUGAGCAACUUGAGAUACUUAUCAAGCCCUCAAGAGGCGACAAAAAGACAGUAUGUGUAUCGUCGAAGGCUACGGUCGCUGAAUUGAAAGAUAAACUCUCAGAGCUUUAUGAUAUUCCUGCUUCAAAUCAACGUCUCAUUUACUCCGGCCGUAUUCUCAAAGACGACCAGAGUUUGGAAGUCUAUAGCAUCAAGUCGGGCCACUCUCUGCACUUGGUUAAAGGAGGAUCAAAAUCAGGUGCUCAAUCAACCUCUAUGGCGGUUCAAGAACCACAAUCAAGGGCUCAAGAGGGACCUGGCGCCACGCAUGGUGUUCCUACUAAUAUCGCUUCCGGCGCCGGCACAGGCAAUGUCUUGUCUGAUUUAACUGGUGCGCGCUAUGCUGGAUUCGCAAAUUUACCUAGUGCAAGCAUGUUUGGUCCAGAUGGUGGUAUGGGCCCCACACCCGAUAUUGACCAGGUGCUAUCGAUGAUGGAGCGUCCCGGGUUUUCAGAGGCAAUGCAAAUGUUAUUGUCUGACCCGGAUACAAUGUCUCAAAUGAAUCCUAUGCUAGAUUCGAUGCCACCUGCUCAAGCUCAACAAUUCAGGGAGUUUUUGCGCACCCCAGAGUUCCGCCAGUUGAUGUCUGACCCUCAGGCACUUCGGCAAAUGUUCCAGCAAGCACAAAUGCUCCGUAACCUUUUUGAAAAUUCAGGUGAAUCCGGAGGAUCGUUUGGUGGUUUCCCGGCUCCAGGACCUACUGAGCCCAACGACAGUAACGCGAACUCUAGUGGGAGUGGACAGAAUCCCCUUCUGUCUUUUCUUGGUAACUCAGCUGGAAACUCCAAUAAUCAGUUUCCUGACCUUUCAGCACUGCUUGGUUCUGGUCUAGCUGGUUCGGGAGCUGCUGCCGCUGUUCAAGAGGACAGUCGGCCCCCCGAAGAACGCUAUGAACAUCAACUAGCACAGCUCAAUGAACUAGGAUUCUAUGAUUUUGACCGGAAUAUCAGGGCCCUGCGGCGAUCAGGGGGGAAUGUAGAGGGCGCUAUAGAUGCACUCCUGGAUGGUGCUUUUUAA